CGCUAAGUGCGCACACGCAGCACCCGUCUCGCGGACUUCAAUAACAGCACGCGAUAUUAAAAUAAUAAUAAUUAAAAAUAAAAAAAAACUGAUAAACAAUAUCGUUGAAGUGGCCCCCGGUAACCGCGUGUCGGAGGCGUGCAGUGUAAUUGUGAAUCGGUUUUUUAAUUAGCAUGUAAAUCGUGUCAGUGAUUAUAUUGCGCGAGAUCAUAUUGGCUUGACUAAUCAUGGAAAACGAAGAGUCCCAAGUACAAGCUCACAAGUUGCUUGGACAGAAGAAUGUUGCAGCAACAAGAAAAGAUAAUUUUCUCACAAAGCGUCUACGAUCAUGUUGCAUCAUACCCCAAAGAUACAUUCUCGGAGUUAUGGGGCUAAUGGGGGUUUGUAAUGCGUACACAAUGAGGGUUUGUCUUAAUUUAGCCAUUACUCAGAUGGUAAAUAAAACUAUAACAAACGAGACGCAUGCCAUCGAUCCAUACGCAUGCUCCAGUGGCGACGUUACUGGAAAUGAAACUGAGAUUCCAAAACCGUACGCCAUAUUUAAUUGGAACGAAACAACGCAGGGCUUAAUUUUAGGUGGAUUUUACUUUGGAUAUGCGGCGACACAGGUACCUGGUGGAUAUUUAGCGGAAAAAUACGGUGGUAAAUGGACUCUUGGCCUGGGGUUGUUGAGCACAGCGCUUUUUACAUUUCUGACACCGUUCGUGACUAGAUUAGGAGGUGCCACGUGGUUGUUUAUUCUUCGAGUGCUGCAAGGAAUGGGAGAGGGCCCAACAAUGCCAGCUCUUAUGAUAAUGCUAGCGCGCUGGGUGCCUCCGAACGAACGUUCUUUCCAAGGUGCUCUGGUGUUUGGUGGUGCUCAAAUAGGCAAUAUAUUCGGUUCAUAUAUGUCCGGAAUAUUGCUAGCAAACGGAGCAAACUGGGCCUAUGUAUUUUAUUUCUUCGGUGGAUUUGGUAUUUUGUGGUUCAUUCUAUGGAGCUUCUUAUGCUACAGCACGCCCAACAGCCAUCCGUACAUCUCCAAGAAGGAGCUCGCUUAUCUGAACAAGAAAGUGACUACAGCAGACACUGCGAACAUUAAGGAUCCGGUUCCCUGGAAGGGCUUGCUUCGAUCAGCACCUGUGUGGGCUUUAGUGUUUGCUGCCGUCGGUCACGAUUGGGGCUACUAUACAAUGGUGACAGAUCUACCGAAGUACUCCCAGGAUGUUCUUAAAAAUAAAAUCGAAACUACGGGGAUCAUAACUUCAGUACCCUACCUCGCCAUGUGGAUUUCAUCAUUCUUAUUCGGCCUAGUGUGCGAUUUGUGCAUCAAAAAAGGUUGGCACACAAUAAAAACUGGAAGAAUCAUACACACCACUAUCGCUGCAACUGGUCCCGCCAUAUGCAUUAUCCUCGCCUCCUACGCCGGCUGUGACUCUACUAAGGCCACUAUUUAUUUCGUCCUCUCUAUGGCCCUCAUGGGAGGCUUCUACAGCGGAAUGAAGGUUAAUGCGUUAGAUUUGGCACCAAACUACGCUGGUACACUAACAUCAUUGGUGAACACAACGUCUACUUUCGCUGGAAUCGCAACGCCAUACCUUAUUGGUUUAUUGACCCCUGACUCAACAAUAGCUCAAUGGCGAGUGGCAUUUUGGGUGUGUUUCGCGGUGUUAGUUGGCACAAAUGUGGUGUACAUAAUAUGGGCCGACGGAAAGCAACAGUGGUGGGAUGACGUCAGACAGUACGGCUACCCGCCUGGCUGGAAACAUGGACCCCUCAUACGUGAAAACCCUGAACAAGCUGAAGCAGUUCAGCUAUCUGACAAGCAGUGAAAACUAGUAAAAACCAAUGUUACUUUAACUGCAUUUAAUGCCAACAAAAUUGUGUCAUAAAAGUAUGUAAGCUGUACAAACUGAUUCAAUUGUUAUAAAUUAAAUAACGUUCCAAACGACAUCUCUAGUAUAAAUAGGUACAAUGUUUCUUAGGUUUAUAAGAUUUAAAAGUAAA